AUGUUUUGGAGCGCUCUAGAGACUCACUUUAUUCCGAUGAUCGAGCGUCUGGCGACCGCUGAGUGGUUUACUAGUCGCAUUUCCGCCUGUGGUCUGUAUUCGGCUGUCUACAAGCGUGUCUCAUCUCAGACCGCGGCAGAGUUGCGGAACCAAUUUCGGCAACUCUGCAACGACGAUACACCCAUGGUGCGUCGGUCUGCUGCCAUCAAUCUUGGUGAAAUGGCCGCAUGUCUAGAUUUAGACACUCUCCGCUCCGAGUUUCUCCCUGUUCUGGCCAACAUUAUUCAGAAGGAUGACCAAGACUCGGUGCGUCUGUUGGCGAUCAAUGCUUGUGUGGCUUUUGCCGAGGCAUUGCCUACGGAAGACGCGCAGAAGUCUCUGAUGCCUUUAGUACGCGAUGCGGCGCAGGACAAGUCCUGGCGUGUGCGCUAUCAACUUGCCGAUCGCCUCACUGAUUUGCAGGCUGCUGUUGGUCCUGCUAUUACCAAUGAGUUCCUCGUGGAUAUUUAUCAGAUCCUCCUCAAGGAUGCAGAAGGCGAGGUACGUGCAGCGGCAGCGAGCAAGUUGAAGGUCUUUGCGACGGCUCUGGCUCCUGCAGAAGCUCGCGAAUCAAUCAUCAUGAAAACCCUCCUGCCUAUAGUGCGCGAGAUGGUGAGUGAGACGAACAUGCAAGUGAAGACUGCCUUGGCCGGUGUAAUCAUGGCGUUGGCGCCUCUCCUUGGUAAGGAGAACACUAUCGAGCACCUGCUACCCAUGUUCCUAGUCCAACUCAAGGACGAAAACCCGGAUGUGCGUUUGAACAUAAUCUCAAAUUUGGAGUGUGUGAACCAGGUGAUGGGCAUUACUCAAUUGAGUCAAUCCCUUUUACCCGCCAUUAUGGAGUUAGCGGAAGACUCCAAAUGGCGCGUUCGCCUUGCUAUCAUUGAGUACAUGCCCCUACUCGCCAGCCAACUGGGUAUCCAGUGCUUCAACGAACAACUCACCAACCUCUCCCUCAAUUGGCUUGUCGAUCAUGUCUACGCUGUGCGCGAGGCUGCUGUUUCCAAUCUACGUAAUCUCAUGAACAAAUUUGGUAUUGAGUGGGCUAACUCACAGGUUGUCCCGAAGCUGAUCCAGUUGGCAAAUGAUCCCAAUUACCUGCACCGGAUGAUCUGUCUGGCGGCGCUGCGUGAGCUAGGCGAGGCGGAAAUUUGUCAUCCGGAGAUGUUACCGAAGAGUCUCUUACCUACCAUCACUCAACUCAGCACUGACGCUGUUCCCAAUGUUCGGUUCAAAGUUGCUCAAGUGUUGGGUAAGCUGGCGCCCUUUUUGGAUAACAAUGCAAUGCAGAACUAUGUGAAACCAACGCUGGAGAAGUUGGGCGCUGAUUCUGACGCAGACGUCAUCUUCUACGCCAAGGAGGCCUAUGAAUCACUAGCUGUCACUGCGCGAUGA